AUGGGGGACUGGAACUUUCUCGGGGGGGUUUUGGAGGAGGUGCAUAUCCAUUCCACUAUGGUAGGCAAGAUCUGGCUCACCAUCCUGUUCAUCUUCCGUAUGCUGGUCCUCGGGGUGGCAGCUGAGGAUGUGUGGAACGACGAGCAGGCUGACUUCAUAUGCAACACGGAGCAGCCUGGGUGCAGGAAUGUGUGCUACGACCAUGCUUUCCCAAUCUCCCUCAUCCGCUACUGGGUGCUGCAGGUCAUUUUUGUGUCUUCUCCCUCGCUGGUUUACAUGGGCCACGCUCUUUACAGGCUGCGGGCUCUGGAGAAGGCACGGCAGAAGAAGAAAGUGCUGCUGCGGAGAGAACUGGAGUUGGUCGAUGUGGAGUUGGCAGAAGCAAGGAGGAGGAUUGAGCGGGAAAUGAAACAGCUGGAUCAAGGGAAGCUUAACAAAGCUCCUUUGAGGGGCUCUUUGCUGCGUACCUAUGUUGCCCACGUUGUCACUCGCUCUGUUGUGGAGGUGGCCUUCAUGACAGGCCAGUACCUCCUUUAUGGCUUUCACCUCUACCCACUCUUCAAGUGUGAGCGGGAUCCUUGUCCCAAUGCUGUGGACUGUUAUGUUUCCAGACCAACAGAGAAAAGUGUCUUCAUGGUGUUCAUGCAAUGCAUUGCUGCAAUUUCCCUAUUCCUAAACAUCUUGGAGAUCAUACAUCUGAGUUACAAAAAGAUUAAAAAGGGCAUCUUGGACUUCUACCCUCACUUGAGAGACGAGAGAGAUGAACUUGAUGACUACUAUGCCAACAAGUGUAAAAAAGAAUCUGUUGUGCAAAUGUGCUCCAAUGUACCCCGAAAAGCAACAAUUGCCUCUGCACCCAGUGACUACAACUUCAUGAUGGAGAGGAUGCAGGGCACAAUUAUGUACCCAAACCUAAUCAAACCUUCAACUGUUCUACCUCUUCAGGGCGAGCUGGCCACUCCGCACAAUUUGGAUGAUUCCAGAUGUUCAGCUCAAAGCCCCCCACAUUGCAACUGCCCCUUGACUACCAACGAGCCCUGCUCUCCGUGCUGCAACUCCCUGAUUUAUCCAAAACAGGAGGCUGAGGACUUCUUGCAUCUUCACCCACACAGUAAAGAGGAUGGUGCCAGUGAAAGAGGGAGUCCAGACUUUCCAAAAUGCCCACAGAAGGCAACUGACGCUUCCACACUGCCAGUUAGUGCAUCAAGGAGGCCGUGGAGGGCUCAUGGCUCUUUCAAUUGCUCUACAGUGUCGGAGGGUAAAAGCUCUGACACAGACUCCUAUGAGGGUGCAAAAGCCAGCAGUGGCACUCCCUCCACUCGAACACGCUCAAAAUCAGAUGCCAAAAAUCAAAGCCGGCCCACCACCCCAGAGUCGGUGGAGGACUCCAGCUCAGGAUCCAGGCACAACUCCAGACCACCUUCCUCCAACUGCAAAACAUCAGUGGCAAGUAAUGCAAGCAAACGAGCAGCAGACCUGCAAAUCUAA